AGCAACUUUCAUUUACACAAAAUGGCAGCCUCCAGUAACAAACGUCUUGUUUAUGUAGGAGGGUGUGCAGAGGAAGUGGAUGAUAAAGUUUUGCAUUCAGCGUUUAUACCUUUUGGCGAAAUUAUAGAUAUUCAAAUGCCUUUGGAUUAUGAAACAGAAAAACACAGAGGAUUUGGCUUUGUAGAAUUUGAAACAGCUGAGGAUGCUGCUCAUGCCAUCGACAAUAUGAAUGAGUCUGAACUUUUUGGGCGCACUAUCAGAGUCAAUUUAGCCAAGCCAAUGAAAAUAAAAGAGGGAGCUUCUAAGGCAGUCUGGGCAGAUGACACGUGGCUGCAGGAACAUGCAGGCGCCACACUUAAAGACAAAGAAGGAGAGGCAGCACCAAACAGUGAAGCUACAGAGGAGAGGGGGGAGAAAAGGACAGGUGAAGAAAUACAGGAAACCUCAUCACCAGCCAAGAAAUCAAAAUCUUCAGGAAACCCGCAGGUGUUUAUGGAUAUUAAAAUUGGCAGUAAAGAUGUUGGAAGAAUUAUCAUAGAAUUGCGGGCAGACGUAGUGCCGAAAACUGCAGAAAACUUCCGGAGUCUGUGCACUAAUGAAAAAGGAUUUGGAUACAAAGGCUGCACCUUUCACAGAAUUAUUCCCCAAUUUAUGUGUCAAGGUGGUGAUUUCACCAAUCAUAAUGGUACAGGAGGAAAAAGCAUCUAUGGGCGCAAGUUUGACGAUGAAAACUUCACACUCAAGCACACAGGCCCAGGUACCCUCUCAAUGGCAAACUCAGGACCAAACACAAAUGGGUCACAGUUUUUUUUGACAACAGAGAGAACUGAAUGGUUGGAUAACAAACAUGUAGUUUUUGGAAAAGUUGUUGAAGGAUUGGAUGUUGUAAGAAAAAUGGAGGCAGUGGGCAGUAAAUCUGGCAAGCCUUCUCAGAAAGUUGUUAUUUCUAAUUGUGGAGAACUUGUUUGAUUUUAAAAAAAAUAUUUGUUAGUUGUGUCCCUUGUAUGUGUUUUAAAUGAUGGAACUUGUUAGGCAGUUAAUUUCUUUGUUAAUGUUUUCUGUAAUUGAUGAAUGUCAACUGAUGAGAAUAAGCAAAAAAAAAUGUAAAAAAAAAUACUUGUAUAUACAAAUAUGUAAAUACUACUGAUGCCGAAAAAUAAAAAUGAAAAUUGAAA